GGGCGGAGGCGGCGGGUGGGGAGCGGAGCGGAGCGGGAGGAGGCGGCGGCGGAGCGUGAUGGGCGCCUGACGCCCGGCCCGUCCCGCCGCCGAGGGACGAUGGCGCGGCCCCGCGGCGGGCGGUGGCUGCUGGGUGUCCUGCUGGCCCUGUGCCGCCUCGCCGCGCCGCUCGCCAAGAGCCUGGAGCCGGUGUCGUGGAGCUCCGCGAACCCCAAGUUCAUGACUGGGAAGGGGCUGGUCAUCUACCCAGAGAUUGGGGAUAAACUGGACAUUAUCUGCCCCAAGGCGGAGCCGUCCAAGCCUUACGAGUACUACAAGCUGUACCUGGUGAGGAAGGAGCAGGCGGAUGCCUGCAGCACCGUCAUGGACCCCAACGUGCUGGUGACGUGCAACCGGCCCGAGCAGGAGAUCCGCUUCACCAUCAAGUUCCAGGAGUUCAGCCCCAACUACAUGGGCCUGGAAUUCAAGCGGCAGCAGGAUUACUUCAUCACAUCCACUUCCAAUGGCACUCUGGAUGGCCUGGAGAACCGGGAAGGAGGGGUCUGCCAGACACGCUCCAUGAAGAUUGUCAUGAAAGUGGGGCAGGAUCCCAACGCGGUGAUCCCAGAGCAGCUGACGACGAGUCGGCCGAGCAAGGAGUCGGAUGACACCGUGAAGGUUGUCACUCAGAGCCCACGCAGCAAGGUCCCGGCGGUGGAGGAGCCCGGCAAGCCAGGCUCCGUCAACCAGGACGGCCAGGAGACCCAAGGUCCCAGCGAUGGCUUCCUGAGCUCCAAGGUGGCCGUGUUCGCGGCCAUCGGUGCCGGCUGCGUCAUCUUCAUCCUCAUCAUCAUCUUCCUUGUCGUACUCCUGAUCAAGAUCCGCAAGCGGCACCGGAAGCACACGCAGCAGCGAGCUGCAGCCUUGUCCCUCAGCACCUUGGCCAGCCCCAAAUGCAGCGGGAACGCGGGCUCAGAGCCCAGCGACAUCAUCAUCCCCUUACGGACUACAGAGAACAACUACUGCCCGCACUACGAGAAGGUGAGCGGGGACUACGGGCACCCCGUCUACAUCGUGCAGGAGAUGCCCCCGCAGAGCCCAGCCAACAUUUACUACAAGGUGUGAGGAGCAGCCUGAGAACGGCCGAUGCAGCAGCGCGGGAGCGCCGGGCGCGGGGCUGGCGCCGCAGGGAGGAAGCGAAACGUUCCCCCUGCCCUGGCACGGCGCGGGCAGCGCCGGGAGCGGCGCCGGGGAGCGGAGGGCUCAACGCUCACGUGCUGAUUCUCCCCUUUGUAUUUAGUUUUGUAGUUCUCAGCUUUUGUAAUCCCGAGACUCUGAGGGUGAGCCUUCAGCCUCCUCCUCUUCUUCUCCAGACUGUGGCCGGCCGUGGGGGGCGGGCGCCGUGCCUUUCUGUGCUCGGGACACCGCUGGCAAACCCGGAGACUCCACCUCCCCUUUGUGGUUUGGGAUUUCCCCGUCACCCUUCCGGGCCUGUGGGAAGUGCCCGCCAGCGCCGCAGCCGGCCCCGGAGCCUGGAGCAACGCCGGGGCCUCGGUCCCAGGAGCAGCGAGCGCACAGGGGGAUGAGGAGGAGGAGGAGGAGGAUGCUUUGCCAUGGUGCCAAGAUGCAGACAACUGUGCAGGGAGGAAGCUGGCAAACCCGAUUUACUACUACUACUAUUAUUAUUAUUAUAAUAAUUAUUUUAAUUUUUUUGUAACAUUUUUAUUUUUGUGAAUUCUGGGUGGGACUCCGGCCCGCCACCUCUGGGCACACGCCAUCACCUCCUUCCAGCACGUCAUCCUGCCGGCCACGGGGCAGAUCCCGCUCCCCCCACUGCCCCUGGAAACUUUUGUGUUCGUAGCUGUUGACUCUUGUUUUAGUCUCUUUAUAAAAAGAAAGAAAGAAAAAAAAUUUCUAUCUCCACCCUGUCUCAAGCGUUCAGUGCGCGAGGGGCUGGUCACUGCUCCUGCCCCGCGCGGAGCAGCCUCGGCCUGGCAGCUCUUCCCAACCCCUCUGGAGCAUCCCACUGUGGAAAAAGGCCUCUGGCUUUCCAUCGGGCUGGGGCUGAGCCUGCUGGAAGCAAAGUAGGGGGUGGCAGGGGGAAGCUGCAGCUCCCUCCCAAGCUGGGCAUACUGCAGGUGGUUGUCCUUGGUAAGGAAAACUGGAAAACAAAGGUUCCCAACUUGCAGCUUGUGCCAGGAGUGUCAGGAGGAGGCUGGUGCUCAGGAUUGAAAGCCCCCAAGAGGCUGGAGCACCAAGCUUAGCUUGGUUGGGAGCUGAGCCAAAGGCUUUCCACCCUCCUGCUUUACCUGAAGAAUCCAGUGCCCCUCGGUGGGACCUUCUUUGGGGACCAGCCCCACUGUGCCUGUUCCCUGCCCUGCUCCUGGUGCAGGAGCAUUCCCUGUCCUGCCACCUCCUGGGGGUCCCCAGCUCGAGCUCCCCUGCCCUUGCCUUGCCCAUCUCCCACCCAAAACUGGAAGGGGUUGAGCCUGUCUGGUGGGAUCAUUCCCAGCUUCCUCUUCCCGGGAGGAGCCGCCAGCACCGUGGCUGAUGCCAGUGAUUCCAGCAGGGCUGGCAGUGCCCUGUCACUGCCUGUCCUUGGGCUGUCCCCCCUUCCUCACUUUCUUUUCCUUCCAGCAGUAGCUGCUUUUGCUCAGGGAGCAGGAGUGGCGCCGGCGGGGCUGUUCCCGCCUGGGCUGUUCCCGCCUGUCCCCAGGGCCCCGAAUCCCGCCUUAGGAAGUGCCCAAAGAGCGAGGGAGCUGCUCUGCUAAAGUGCCUUGACAAGGAGCGGGCGGGGGCGGGGGCAGAGCAGGGACAGGGGCCCGUGGCCUGGGAGGAUCUGGUGACUUGGGGGACCCGGUGGCCCCAGGGGGAUCUGGUGGCCCGGCUGCUGCGCUGGGGUUUGGCCCUGAGCGGGAUGGGAGCAUCCUGUGGUGCCACGUUGUUUGGUUUAGGGCAGGAAUUAGGGCUGGAGCGGAGUGGGGUGUCCCAGCUCCCCUCCUGCCCUUGGCAUCCUGAGGUGGUUCUGCUUCCAGGGCCUCAAACCAGCUGCUUCCCUCGGGAGAGAUGCACCCCAUUGGGUGCUCCCCCUAUUCCCCAUCCCAGCACUGCUUCCCCCGUGUAGCACCUUCCAUCCCUCUCUCCUCUGUGGGAUCCACUGCCCAUCCCGGCCUGGGAGCCGCCCCCACCAGGACCCCCAUUCCCCAAUGGGGAAAUCCCAGAGAAUUGUGUCUUAAAAAAAAUCCCUUCCCUCUUCCCUCUGCCAAACCUUAGGCUGUGUUUCCCCAAGUGGGAAGAGCCCUGGCUGGGUGGUGGUGGCAGUGGUGAUGGUGGCAGUGACAGUGGAAUCCGUUAGGAAUAGUGACCGAAGUGGAGGGGGAAGUGGGGGGACAAUGUAGUUUUGGUUUGGUUUUGGUGGAGAAGGGACAGAGUUUGGCCACAGGUUGUACCAAAAGUGAUCUGACAGUGCUGGUGACUUCUCAUGGUGGUUGUCCCCAGCUGAGGUCUCCAUCAGUCCCACUCCUGCUGCUGGGAACAGCUGCAAAAUCUUGUAAAUAUGUGAAGAAAGGGUGAAAUCAGAACUCUUGGUUUUUGCUGAGCACCUCGGGCUGCUGGGUCCUGGAUCAGAGUGUGUCCCUUGGGUUCUUUUCUUGAAAAGCAUUGAAAUUUGGUUGAUUUUCCUUUUUUAAAUUUUUUUUUUAUUUUUUUGUUUCCUCCUCCCCUCCUUUUGUUUGUGUAAAUACUAGUCUUUUUUGGAAGAAAUAAUGUAAAGAUGUUUUGUAUAAACUCCGAAUUAUUUUCUGGUUGCUUUUUCUUAGAAAAACAAAUGAGAACUUAAAAAAAAAAAGAGA